AUGACAACACCAUCAACAGCAGCAGCAGCAACAACAACAUCAUCAAUAGCGGCAAACAUAGACGUGUUUGAUCCAUCGCCAUAUGAGAAUGAUCAUGACUUACUACUACAAAAAGCAAUCGACUUUUGUAUGGCAAGAGAUCAUUUAUGGUGUAAACAUCCAUCCGCAGUCAAAGCAAUAUUAGCAGAUAUAUGUCAAGCUCCUGACCAACUUCGAAAUCAUCUAUCUGAACAACUUUCAAGAUGUUUAGAUUGUAUCAUCAAAUAUCAUAGAGAAAAGAAAUUAAUGAGGGAUAAAUAUUUGUCGGAAUUUACCACAGACAGUGUCGAUGAACUAUACAAUGAACUUAAAAAGGGUGAUCAGAAUCGGUUGCUAGUAUCACUCGAUCGUUAUGGUCACGAUACUGCUAGAUUGGUCAAUAUCUUUCACGAACUACUCCAUCAACCAGAAUUAUUAGAGGAACCGAGGUUAUACGUUUUGUUCAAGGAAAAGUUGUCAUCGACCGUUACAGAUUACGAUGUGUCAUUUGGUGAUCCAGGUAAAAAGGUGCCUGGUGUCUAUGUCUUGCUUAUGAGUGGUGACAAGGUGUUGAUCGAUUGGGCAAUCUGUCAUCUCAAAGACAAUGAUGGAAAGAUUGAUGGGGAGGAAUUUCAUGUCAUUCAUCCAAUCUUUGAAAGAUGUGUAUCAAAGAUAAAGAAUUAUCAUAAAAUACGAAUAUUACAACAAAAGAAUACAACUACAACAACAACAACAACAACAACUACCAAUAAUAAUAAUACCACUUCAGCAGUAACAACAGAAGAUGAAUUUAUUUCCUAUUUUUCUGAUGAUAUCAAUCAUUUUUGGAGUGGAUUUCAAUUAUUUUUAGAAUAUAUUAAUAAUGAUACUUUAAAGAAUGGAAUAAUUCAAUAUUUUCCAAUGUUUAUUGAUAUUAUAUUAUCAGAGAUUGAUGUAGUACCCAAACCAAUGAUAAAUCAUCAUUAUCUAUCAUGUAUCAAUCAAUUGUUAUCAGUUUUUGGUAAUGACAUUUGGAGCUAUUCACAAAAAUAUACAGCCACCACCUAUUCUCAAUCAUUGUUUGAUCUCUUUACGCUGUAUCGAGAUGAGACGAUUAUCAACAAAUGUUUUCAAAUAUUUUCACAAAUCCUUUUAUACGUUAGAGAGGAUAAUUCUCCCGAAGCAAACUUUCUUCGUCAAACAUUGAUUGAAUUCUUUUUAAAAGAAAGUAAUUUAAAUUCAAAUCAAGAACAUCUAUACAACAAAUCUCAAAUUAAUCAAACUGUCAAAAUUAAAUCAUUUUCAAUUUCAAUGGAUAUUUUAAUGACUUGUUAUCAAUUAAAACAAUUUCCAAUAGUUAAAGGAUGGGAAGAAAGAUUAGUUUAUUAUGCAAUUCAAUACCCAGCUUCAAAUAAUAAUAAUAAUCAUAAUAAUAAUCAAAAAAACUAUCAUUCCUCUUCAUAUAAUAAUAAUAAUAAUAAUCAUUCUUCUUAUAAUAAUAAUUAUAAUAAUAAUCAAUCAAAAAAUUCCAUGUAUAGUCCAUCACUUGAAGAUAUUAUAAAAGCAGAAAAUCUUUUAAAUUCAAUUUUAGUUUCAAAUGCAACAGAAUUAAGAUUAAGAUUUCAAUUAGUUUAUCAUUCUUCAAAUGAUACAAAACUGAAAAUUUUAAAAGAUGAUUGUUUAUUUUGGAGAGAUGAUAUUUGGAGAAUAUUAUUAUCACAAUCAUCACCAAAUACAAUUGGAUUUAAAAUUCAUGAAACAUUAUUUAAAUGUCAAAGAGUGUUGUGUUUAUUGACAAGUGGUAAUGAUAUUAUUAAUAAUAAUGUUCAUUUAUCAUCUGUACUUUCGAAUCCAAGUAAACGACCAGCACUAUAUCGAUACCUUCAUCAAUACCAAGAAUAUAUGAGUCAAUAUAUUGUACAAUUUGCCAAUCAAUAUCCAUUCAACACUCCCAAGGAACCAGGAAACGAAUACAUUAAACUCAACUUGUUGGACCAAGAAAACUUUGCAAGAUGUCUCUUUUCGUUGGUAGUUUCAUCGUCAGACGUUGUAAGAGAGAGUGCUAAAAAGUUGUUGCUCAAGAAAUACAACUCGAAAAAGACCAUUACAGAAGCUUUAAAGGCUGCCAUUGAAAAUUCACCAAACGAUGCAUUACUUGGUAUCAUUGGUAUCUAUAGAGACAUUGUUCUCAAUUUUGGAGCACCAUACAUUCAAAGUAGUUAUCAUUUACUCUUUUACUACUCGAAUCAUAUCUUUUACCAACUCAAAAACCAAUUGGCUCCAUCACACACACAGACCUACUUUCCUUUGAUGACCGAUGCCUUUUGGUGUCUUGUUGAACUCUUUUUCCAACAGAAUCAACUAUUCAAGAUUGAAGAUCUCUCCAACCUCUUUAUCCUCUUUACCGACUCGUUUUCAACCUUGUCGCUCGAGCAUUACACAUCCAUCACCAAGACAUCACAUACAGCCACCAAAGAGGAUGGCACCACUCCAGCAUUUCUAGUCAACCACCAACAACUUAUUUUCCCAACACUCGAUUCUUACCCUUCCUACAUGCGAUCACAUCUUGCUCGUCUCUUUGUCGAACAAAGCAACGAAGGUGUCAUCGAUCUUGAAGACAAUGGUUUAGAUGGUGAUGAUGGUCGAUUUAUCUAUCAAUACCAAUUACAAAACGGUGAUCAAUUGGCAACCAUCACCAACUACCCCGCCAUUACUACUCAAUUUGAUAAUUAUGAACUGUUGGCCGAUGAUAUCAAAUGUUAUUAUCGUCAAAGUGACUAUGAUGAUAAUAGCUCAAAAAUCUAUACUAGUAUCAUCAAUAAUCAUAGUCAUUGGAUUGAAUUAUUUAUCAAUUGGGGUGAUGAAAAUGUAAAUUGGGCAAAAUCUUUUAUUCAAAUUACAAAAUCAAUAUUAAAAAAUGAAAUACCACCAUGUACAUUUUUAUUGGAAUAUGUUGCAAAAUUAUCAAAAGCGAUUGCAGGUAAAAAGAUUCAAGAUGAUAUUAAACAAACUUUGGAAAAACAUUUGGUUGUUAUGAAUCAAUAUAAUAACCAACCAGUCAAACAACAACCUCCACCAGUUCAAAAAACAAUUCACAAGAAUCCAACAUCGGGAGGUGGAUUAGGGGGGCAUGGUGCUCCACAGUUGAUUAAAAGUUUACACUCUUCAUCACCAACCCUUUCUUUUACACCGACAUCAUCUUCUUCUUCUACUCCAUCACCACAAUUCUCUAGACAACACGCCAAUUCAAAAGAUUUUUCAAAUAUUAUUGGUGAAUUGUCAUCAAACAAUGCAAAUGUAUUUGAUUACUUUGAACAAACAAGUCGAUCCAUUCCAUUGGCCGAUAGAAAAAAAACAAAAAUCUUGGAUUUGGAUGUUCCAUUGUUUAGAAAAGACAAGGCCAGUAAAUACCAACAUCAAAUGGAAAAGUUCUUACCAAAAGUUGAAAACCUUCAUAAAAUCAUUUUAUCUUGGGAUCCUGCAAAUUUAAAUGAAAAUGAUACAAAAGGAUUAAGAUCAAUUCCAACAACAUUUGAAAAUUUAUCAGAAUAUAUUGAAAUUUUUGAACCAUUAUUAUUACAAGAAUAUAAAGGUCAAUUGAUAAAGAGUAUGGAAGAAAUGGAUAAUGUUUGUUACAAGUUGACAGUUGAAGAUGUUGCACGAGAGAAUGAUUUCCAUGUUUGUGAUUAUUUCUUUGAUCACAACCAAAGUUCCGAUGAAUUCUUUAUCGAUGAUUUGGUCAUCAUUUCAAAACCACAAUUUGGUGGAUCAAAGUUUGGUAAAAUUGAGAAAAAGGAGAAAAAGGAAAGAAAGGAAAUGAACAAUAUCAAAUGCAGUUGGAUCAAGGUACGAUUCUUUUUUGAAAAUGCUACUAGUUCCAAUGCCAACCCAAGUACAACGCUAAUUGGUCAACUCAAAAUUGGUAGUCAAUGGAAAAUGACUAAAUUAACAAGUCUUUCAACCGUCAACAGAGAGUAUAUGGCUUUACACACGGUUGGAAAGAUUCCUCUUGGUGCAUCAAUCAUUUCACCCAGUCUUUCACUAUCAUCCUAUUCACUUGAAAAUGCAUCGUCACGUGUAACUAUUCCCAAAAAGUUAGAGUCUGCUCUCAAAGAAUCUUUAAAUGACAGUCAGAUUGAAGCUAUCCACGCUUCUCUUACACCAAGUGGUUUCACUCUACUUCAAGGUCCACCAGGUACCGGUAAAACCAAGACUAUUAUCGCUCUCCUCUCUGUUCUCCUUCACACAAUGACACCAAUCAAAGAUGACUCUAAACUUAAAAAUCAAGCUCCUAUUAAAAUUCUUGUCACUGCUCCUUCCAAUGCUGCCGUUGAUGAAAUUGCUACUAGAAUUUUAGAUCAAAGAAUGUUAAAUCAAGAUGGUUUACCUUAUCAACCUUUUUGUAUUAGAAUUGGAAACAAACAACAAAUUAAUUCAACAGUUUCAAAAAUAAGUUUAGAUAAUUUAUUAAGUGAAGAACUUCAAAAAGAUGAUAACAAGGUUUCUCAAAUUCAACAAAGAGUUGCCUCCUUGCAUGAAGAAUCUGAAAAGACUAGAUCAGAAUUGGAUGAAGUACAUAAUAGAAUUAAUCAAUUAAGUACAGAAUUAAAAGUAUUACGUGAUGCUAAACAACCAACAGAUCAUAUUACUUCGGAAUUGACUAAACUACACAACAAAAAGUCAAUGUUGAAGUCUUCGAAAAACAACUUUGUCGAUCUAAGACGAGGCUAUGAUAAUUUGGAAAAUGAAAAGAGAUCAAUGCUUAGUAACAUGUUGAAUCGUGCAUCUAUUAUUUUGUCUACAUUGUCUGGUAGUGGUUACGAAUCAUUGUCGGCAGCAGUCAAACAAUUUGAUGUUGUCAUUAUCGAUGAAGCAGCCCAAGCUGUUGAAUUGUCUACAUUGAUUCCACUCAAACACAAUGUUAAAAAGUGUAUUUUGGUAGGAGAUCCAAACCAAUUGCCUGCCACUGUCAUUUCACGUAUUACGACCAACUUCCAAUACGAACAAAGUCUCUUUCAAAGAUUGUCACAAUGUGGUAUCCCCAUGCAAGUGCUCAAUGUUCAGUAUCGUAUGCAUCCAACCAUCUCUAGGUUCCCAUCGAAACAUUUCUACCACGGACAGAUCAAAGACGGUCACAAUGUGAUUGCACUCAACCACAACAUCUACAAAGAUGCUCGUUUUGGUCCAUUUAUUUUCUACGAUAUCACAGACAGUGUGGAAGACAGCAACCAAAGCUCACAUUCACUCAGAAACGUUCACGAAGCAAAGUUGGCAAAUCUCAUCAUCUCUCAAUUGCUCGUUCAUUUCUCAAAGGAUUGUGAAAAGCUUUCGAUCGGUGUAAUUACACCUUACAAACAACAACAAAUCGAACUCUCACGUAGACUUUCUCAUUUUAACAGUAUGGUCGAAGUAAACACUGUCGAUGGUUUCCAAGGUCGUGAAAAGGAUAUCAUUAUUUUCUCUUGUGUACGUGCUCACAAAGGUGGUUCAAUAGGUUUCUUGUCAGAUGUUAGAAGAAUGAAUGUCGGUCUUACACGUGCCAAAUUAUCGAUGAUUGUCAUUGGACAUACAAAUCUUUUAAUGUUAAAUAGUGAUUGGGGUGAAUUGAUUAAAUUUUCAAAACAAGUUCCAAAUGGAUAUUUCCCAAUUUCUUCUAGAUCAAUUGAAGACAAUCAAUUGCCAAUUGUUCCUUUAGUAUCUAAAAUUCCAUUUAAUAACCCACCAAAUAAUAAUAAUAAUAAUAAUAAUAAUAAUAAUGGUAAUAUGGGUGAUGAUGGUAAAAACAAAAAGCAUUAUAUGGAUGAUCAGAGAGGAGGACCAAACACAAUUAAAAAACAAAAAUAUUAA